AUGUUGUCCUCGUCGCUUUCCCUCAGCGCUGGUUCGCUGUUCUUCGCUUUGCUCGCCGCGCCAGUCGCGGCGACUGCUGAAAACUAUCAACUGGUUGAGAAUUGGCACGGCGAGGGUUUCUUGGAUUAUUUCAACUUCCACACUGGGUCCGAUCCCACCAAUGGUUUCGUCACAUAUCUCGACAAAAGCAGCGCAGAGAGUGCAGGCCUCGUCAAGAUCAACGAUGGCGGCAGUGUUUAUAUCGGUGUCGACCACAAGACAACUCUAUCCACAACUGGCAAGGGCCGUGAUUCUGUGCGCAUCGGCAGCAAGAAGUAUUACGACCAGUCCUUGGUGAUCGCUGACAUUGCGCACAUGCCGGGAAGUAUCUGUGGUAGCUGGCCUGCCUUCUGGUCGGUGGGUAAGAACUGGCCUGCGGACGGUGAAAUCGAUAUCAUCGAAGGUGUCAAUCUACAGGACCACAACGAGAUUGUCAUGCACACUGCUGGUACUUGCAGCAUCACGGACACAGGUAUGACCGGAGCCGUCAAUGCCACUGGCUGUGGUGAGGACCUGGGCACCGUCGGCUGUGUUAUCGAGGGCCAGCAGGGCAGCUACGGUACUUCGUUCAACAAGCAGGGUGGCGGAGUUUACGCUAUGCAGUGGACUGAGCAGUUCGUCAAGAUCUGGUUCUUCCCCCGCGCUUCUAUCCCAACUUCAAUCACCAAGGGCGCACCCGACGUUUCCCAGUUUGGCACUCCCAUGGCUCUCGUCGAGGACGGUUGUGACGUCGGCAACAGCUUCAAGGCUCAAUCGUUCGUCUUUGAUGUGACCUUCUGUGGUGACUGGGCCGGUGGUGUUUACGGCCAGUCCGGAUGCCCCAUGUCCGGCUCUGAUUCUUCCCAGAGCUGCAUCAACUACGUCGCCAAGAAUCCUACCGCAUUCGAGCAGACCUACUGGGAGAUCAACUCCGUCAAGAUUUACCAGACCGGUGUGGCUGCCGAGACGGUUGCCUCUACUACGCAUUCUUCGACCACUACCCACACUGCUGCUGCCCAGGCUGUGACCGAGGCUUCUGCUACUCAGGCUGCCCCGGAAACCACUGCUCACACUUCCGCCGCCGUGAUUGAGACUCCUGCUAGCCAAGGAUGGAGCACUGCCUCCGCUGCUUCUGCCUCCACCGAAACCCGUGCUGCUGCCGUCACUGCUGGCACUGUUGGCGAGCUGGGUGGUGAUGUCUCCUCCGCCACUGAACAGUCUACAAAGAGCUCCUCUACGCGGUACGUCACCAAAUUUGUUACUUCGACCACCACUCUUUGCCCGGUCGCCGAGGCCUCCUCAUAUUCCGCGGCUGCUGCUGAGAGCAAGGCUCUCGCUGUUUCGUCUGCCCAGAGCUCCAACGUCGUGAAUGUUCCUGCGACUGUAGAGUCCGUUCAAUCUGCGUCCUCAUCUGCUACAAACUCUGUUAAGGAAGUUCAAACCCAGCCUGCAGCCGAGAUUACGGCUAUCUCUACCCCUGCUGCUUCUUCUGCAUUCGCGGGUGUCAGCAGCCAGACAUCCAGCCAACCGACUGGUGCUGAUGCUGCAUCUAGCGGUGUGCCAGAGACUGCGGCCUCCACGGAUCGCCCUCUACCGACCAUUAUCCUCGCUCCUGGGGCCAGUUCCAUGCCCACCUACAAGGCCUCACAAACCAAGUCCGCCAUUGCUGUAGCUACCGCCGCCUCCAGUGCCUCGGGUAGCACGUUCCAGGGAAGCACCAGCAGCGCUGUCAGUCCUGUCUUCACCGGUGCUGCCGAAAGGGCAUCUGUGAAGUUCUCGACCAUUAUUGCCGCGAUCUUGGUCGCUCUGAUGGCUUAA